ACGAUUUAACCAUCUUCACAACAUUUUAAACCAAAGUCGAAUUUCCUUGUGGCUGUGCACAAUGGAGAUAACCUCCAGAUCAGCUUCAAGGCUGUUCCAAAAUUCCAAUUAUACUCCAACCCGGCUUCUGAUCCAAGCUGCCAGCCGCGGCAACAACCUUUCCACAUACAAUGCUCUCUCACGAAGAAGUCUAAACAAUUCAACUCGAUCCCUCGCCCAACCGGAAUCAUCUCUCCUCAGCUUCGCAACCGGUGGUUCGUCAUCAUCACCAUCAUCAGCUCCGCAGACAUACUUCUCGCAUCGAAACACUCUCCCCGCAAAUACCAUUAUUCGAUUCGUACCUCAACAGACGGCAUGGAUUGUGGAACGGAUGGGCAAGUUCCAUCGUAUUCUGGAACCAGGAUUGGCGAUUCUUAUACCAUUUAUUGAUCGCAUUGCUUAUGUUAAGAGUCUGAAGGAAUCGGCUAUUGAGAUACCGAGUCAGAAUGCCAUUACGGCUGAUAAUGUGACCUUGGAGCUUGAUGGAGUUCUCUAUACGAGGGUUUUUGAUGCGUAUAAAGCUAGCUACGGUGUUGAAGAUGCCGAAUAUGCGAUCUCACAACUCGCUCAGACGACGAUGCGAUCGGAAAUCGGACAGCUUACACUCGACCACGUGCUCAAAGAGCGAGCUACUUUGAAUACCAACAUUACACAAGCUAUCAACGAGGCGGCGCAGGACUGGGGAGUAGUCUGUCUUCGUUACGAAAUUCGAGAUAUUCAUGCACCAGAGGGCGUUGUAGCUGCCAUGCACCGCCAAGUUACCGCCGAACGAUCCAAGAGAGCCGAGAUUCUCGACUCUGAGGGUCAACGACAGAGUGCCAUCAAUAUCGCAGAGGGUCGUAAACAAUCCGUCAUUCUUGCCUCCGAGGCCUUGCGUGCUGAGCAGAUCAAUCGCGCAUCUGGUGAGGCUGAAGCCAUUCUGUUACGAGCCGAGGCUACUGCGAAGGGUAUCGAGGCUGUUGCAAAGGCGAUCCGUGACGGACAGGAGAAUGCCCAGAGCGCUAUUAGUCUUAGUGUUGCAGAGAAGUAUGUUGAGGCAUUCGGUAAUCUUGCCAAGGAAGGUACUGCUGUGGUUGUCCCUGGCAACGUUGGAGAUAUCGGAGGCAUGAUUGCAAGUGCUCUUUCUGUCUACAGCAAGGUCAGUGAGGGUCAGUCUAAGGCACUAGCUGCAAAAGCAUUGGGAGUCCCUGAGACUCGAGAGGGCAAUCCUGAGCAUUCUACAAAUAAGGAUGCAGAGACUACGAGUGAGAAAGCUGGGGAGACUGCUAAAUCGAGCAGUGAGCGCAGUCAAGUUGCUGAGAGUGUCCUUGAUGGAUUUGACCAGACUGCUCAGCAGAAAAGAUAGUGUCUCACUACAUACCUUCCUGUCCUGUUUUUCCUGCAAAAGUCUCUCUCCACUUGUGGAAUCUCUACGACACAUGUAAUCUACUACCCAAGCGCGCAUAAUUGCAUAUUGAAAUAGCUUUUUGCGGGAGUUGGGAUCCUGUACUAACAUUAGUGAUCAAAUAUGUUCUCAUGUUUUAUGAUGCAAUUCAUAUUUGCUCUUUUAUAUCUGUCCAGGCAACGGUUAUAGCAAAUACCAGCAAUUUGUC